AUGGCGGAAGUUCAAGCGAUCCCUAUGUAUAGCAUGAGUGUCUUCCCUCUACCAAAGGCUUUAUGCAAUGAUAUUAAUUCUUUGAUGAAGAGAUUUUGGUGGGGGAAUCAAUCAAAUGAGAAACACAUACAUUGGAUGACUUGGGAGAAGCUAGGAGUGGCAAAAUCACAAGGUUGUAUGGGAUUUAGGGAUCUCAUCAUUUUCAACCAAGCUCUCUUAGCAAAACAAUGUUGGAAGUUAGGGACCUCGCAGGACAGUUUGACGGCACGGAUUCUAAAAGCAAAAUACCAUCCAAAUUGCACCAUUUUGGAGGCACAAAUGGGGCCCAAACCUUCUUUCGCUUGGCGGAGUAUUCAAGGGGCCUGCAAAGUAGUUAGUGAUGGGUUGAUUUGGCGGGUUGGGGAUGGAUCAAAUGUCUGGAUUUGGGGUGACAAAUGGCUUCACAACCCAUCCACCUAUAUGGUCAAAUCUCCUCCAAAGGUUUUGAAUGCAGAAGCAAAAGUGAAAGAGUUAAUUGACCAUGAGGGGCAGGGGUGGAAAUUAACAUUGUUAAGAGAAAUUUUCACCCUGGAGGACCAAGUGGCUAUUCAAUUGGUUCCAUUCAGUUGCCUCAAUCAGCCGGACAAGCUGGUGUGGAGAGGGACUCAAAAUGACGUGUUCUCGGUGAGUAGUGCAUGCCACAUGUUGAAAGAGCAGGACAUCGGCCAACAACCUGAGAGUUCUAGUAGAAGGGGGCACAACGUUUUAUUGAAGGGAAUUUGGAACAUACACUCUCCAAAUGCAGUUAAAAAUUUCACAUGA